AUGAACAAGACAAUUAGCCUACCUACUGACCUCAGUGAAUUGUCGUGGGACCAUUCAUUACUAUCUAUUCACGAAAUUGUGAAGGAGGAUAUCAAAGUUGUGCAUCGACCAAAAAAGGCUGGUACAAAAGGGUCUGGUAAGGUACGUCGUCCUUCGAUGAGAGCAUGACUAACCACACCUGUAAGUUCAAGAAAAGUAAAAAGCCGUUGACCAAAAUCGAAGUCUAUGCAAAAACGUACAGAACAGAAACUUGCAGAAACUAUUCAGGUCUGCAUCAUGCAGAUAUCCAAUCUUGAGGAAGUUGUUGCUAGGGUUGAUAAAAGUGAUGUGGAUUUAGAAUAUAAAGUUAAUUCACUCAGCGAUAGUCUUUUCUCAAGGUUAGAUGAUGCAUUAGCUAAUCGACUGAAGCAUGAAAUGUCAGUGCUCAGGAAAGCUAGCUUACGUUAGCAAAAUAAUGGAAUCCGAGGAGCGUGUCUGCGUGUGGAGAAGGCUGAAGCAGAAGUUAAAAAAUUUCAGGGUCGGCUUGGUUCUUUAAAUGAAGAAAAGAACAGUUUAUCAAAAAAAGUUAGAUAUUUAGAGGAGACAAGUAAACUGUUGCAGGAUCAUGUUGAUUCCUUACAACACAAGGUGAAUCAGGUUCCAACUGUUCCAUCUGUUCAAAUAGUCAAUGUCACGAAAGAUCAAGAUACAGUGGAGGAUACUAGGGAAAAAAUGGAACAACAAAAUAUAGUAGAUGAAGUUGCAUCAGAAUCAGAUGAAGUUGCAUCAGAGUCAGAUGAAGAAUCUAUAGUCAUAUUGUUGUGA